UGAGGUCGCUGAACGAUCCACAGCCAAUGGGAUUCCCUUGCACUACGCAGGAUCGAUAUUCCUACGCAGUCUUCCCAAGAUACGACCUGUUUCUGGUGUGGCCACGCAGCAUAUACCGCAAUACCGUUUGAGUGCAAACGCCGGGCGCUAGCGUAUUUGUCUUUGUGAAUACACGUACACUCGGUUUGAGGGGAAUCGCUUGGCUACGCGCUCGGCAGACGCGCUAGCUGACUAAAAACAGAAGAACGAACAAUUUGGAUUUAUUUUCAAAUGGACUGAACGAGAGCUGCAAGAGACCAUACAGCUCUUUUCGUAAGGGCCAUGGCACAGCAGCCCAACCCGUCUGAGCUCUCGUGGUGUACAGAGUCUCCUGGGACCCUUUUAACCACUGAGUACGACUCCGGAUUGGAGGAUGGAGAUGACGUCUGCAGUAAUCAUGGCAAUAGCAGCCGAGUUCAGUCUCCAAAUCCAGAGGGAGAGGAAACCACCACCAUCUUUGUGGCUUUUAAGGGAAACCUGAAUGACUCUGACUUUCAGGAGAAGCUUGACACCAUCUUGAAUGGGAUGCCCCUGAUGCUUUCAUUGGGUCCUGAGAAGCUGGCACCCCAGCGAGUGGAACCAUGGAACAGCGUGAGAGUCACCUUCAGCAUCCCCAGAGAAGCUGCUGAGCGACUCCGCCUCUUGGCUCAAAACAACCAGCAGCAGCUCCGGGACCUGGGAAUCCUCUCAGUGCAGAUAGAAGGUGAAGGACCCAUUAAUGUUGCAGUUGGGCAGAACAGAGGUCAAGAAGUCAGGGUGAAUGGGCCCAUUGGGGCUCCUGGCCAGAGAAUGGAUGUUGGCUUCCCCAUGCAACAAGGUCCUGGUGGAAUACGGAUGAACAACCCCGCAAUGGUGCCGCCUGGACCUGCCAUAGCUGCACAGGGAAUGGGGCCAGGCAAUAGUGGACAGAUGCACCCGAGAAUGCUAAGGCCACCCACACAGACGGACUCAAUGGAUCCCAUGCUGUCAGGCCUAGCUUUGCAACAGCAGCAACAGCUCCAGCAUCCACAGGCACCCCAUGGCCCCCCCAACUCAAUGGGCCCACAAGGUCAUCACAUGCAGGGCAUGCAAGCAAACCGUCAACUCAAUCCAGCAGCCUUGCAGCAACUUCAGCAGCACCAGCAACAACAGGCUCAGCUAGCACAACUAGGUGGUGCUCGUGGUCCCUUCAACCCUGCUAACCAGAUGCCUGGCCCUGCUGGCUGGAACCCUGGUGUCCAGCCAUCACCUGCUCAGGGCACAAUGGCUCCAAAUUGGAGAAAAGGUUCUCCACAGGCUCAAAUGGGGCAGCGUCCUCCCUCCUUAGCAUCUGUACAGACACCAAAUCAUCCACCACCUCCAUAUCCUUAUGGCAGCCAGCAGGCAGGGCAGGUUUUCAACGCCCUGACUCAGCAACAAUUACAGCAACAGCCGCAGCCAGCAGGGGCAAACCAAUUUGCAGCCCCUCAACCCAAAGGUCCACAGGGAGUGGCAGGAGUGGUUGGACCAAGGCCACCUCCUCCUCUGCCUCCUGUGUCUGCUGCACAGAGCAGCCUUGCUGCCAAGUCCCCUGGAUCCUCAUCUUCACCAUUCCAGCAAGGCUCACCUGGUACACCCCCCAUGAUGGGACAGGGCCAAGGUCAGCUAGGUCCACGUCCCACAACUCCACAGGGAUUUCCACAGGGAGUUGGAUCCCCAGGCAGGGCUGUGCUGGGACAGCAGGGUAACGUUCAGCCGGGCUUUAUAGGCAUGCAGCAGCAUGUGCAGGUUCCCCAAGGAGGGAUGGGAGGUAUGGCAAAACGAAUGCCGAUGGGGUUCCCAAAUGUUCCUGUGAGUCAGAACUUUGCACAAGGAGUUACAGCUAGUGGAGCAGGAACACCCACAGGCAGCACGCCUCAGCUGCAGAACACUCAGAGCAUGGCACACCCGGGUGCUCAACCUCAAGUCUCGGCACCAAACCACAUGCAGCCCAGUUCCCUUCAAACUAGUGUAAUUGGCCAUCACAGUGGAAUGGCUCCCCAGCCUCCUGCUACCUCAGGUGGCAGUAUGGGACAGCCUCAGACAGGCUUGAAUACCCAAAUGAUGGCCAUUCAGUCCCAGCUUCAAACACAGCCUGUAGCCUCCUCUCAAAGUCAAAUGGUGCAAGGCCAAGCAGGGGGUCAGACUGUACUGUCCAGACCCAUGAAUCCAGGACAGCGAGGGAUGACCCCUCCUAAACAAAUGAUGCCUCCACAGGGGCAAGGAAUGAUGCAGAACCAGGGCCAGCUUAGUGGGGGACAGGGGCACCAGGCAUUACUGCUGCAACAGCAGCAACAGCAACCGCAACAACAACAGCAACAGCAGCAGCAACAGCACCAACAACAGCAGCAGCAACAGCAUCAACAACAGCAGCAGCAGGCAUCACAGCAGCAACAACAAAAUGCUAUGAUGGAACAGAUGGUAGCCAGCCAGAUGCAAGGUAACAAACAGGCCUUUGGGCCAAAAGGCCAACCAGGAGUCAUGCAGGGUCAGAUGAUGCGAGGCCCAUCACCUAAUUUGCAAGGCAACAUGGUGCAAUUUCAGUCGCAGCAACUGACCCCGCAACAACAGCAGCAGAUGGCUCAGCUACAACAACAGCAGCAAUUACAGCAACAGCAGUUGCAGCAGCAGCAGCAACAGCAGCAGCAGCUACAACUGCAACACCAACAGCCACAACAACAGCAACAGCUACAACAGCAGCAUCCGCAAAUGGCUCAACAGUCCCAGCAGAUCCCAAUUAAUGGUAAUCCCAACCAAGCAUUAGGCAUGCAUGGCCCUCACAUGCGACUACCAGGACAUCAUUUGGUGCAACAGCAGCUUCAACAGCAGCAGCUUCAGCAGAAACAGCAGCAGCAGCAUCAACAGCAGCAGCAGCAACAACAUGUGAUGCAACAGUUACAGCAGCAGCAGCAACAGCAGCAAGCUGGCCAGCAACAUCCACAUCAGCUGGGAGAUGGCAGUGGUAACACUGGAGACAUAAAUCAACAACAGAUGCUUCCUGACAUGCAAAUCCAGCAGCAGCAGGGCAUGAUGGGAGGACCUCAACAUAUGCAGGUGGGCAAUGGCCAUUUUCCUGGUCAUGGCAUGCCCUUUAAUCCUCAGUUUGGUGGCCAGAUGCCAAUGGGUGGACCCUGUGGGCAAACGGGUGGUUUUCCAGUGAGUAAGGAUGUAACUCUGACUAGCCCAUUAUUAGUUAACCUUCUCCAGAGUGACAUUUCUGCUAGUCAGUUUGGGCAAGGUGGAAAACAGGGAGCAGGUGGGGCUGGUGUUAACCAGGCCAAACCUAAAAAGAAGAAACCGCCUCGUAAGAAGAAACCCAAAGUAGAAGGACAGCAAUCCGUUGAAGGUCUUGGUGGCCUAGAUCCAGUUUCACAAGGAAUGGAUGAUGUAGAGUUGCCAGGGAUAAGUAGUGAUCAAGGAGUUGGCCUGGAUUCUUCCAACUCAAAACUCCCUGAAUUCACUAAUCGACCAGGAUUUUCUGGCCAGUCAGGAGAUCAAAGGGUAUUGCAGCAAAUGCCAAUUCAGUUCAUGGCCCAACAGCAGCAACAGAUGCAGCAAAUGCAGCAGAAACAGUUACAGCAGCAACAAAUGCAUCAACAGCAGCAGCAGCAACAACAGCAACAACAACAACAACAACAACAACAACAAAUGCAGCAGCAGCAACAAUUGCAGCAGCAGCAGAUACAUAUGCAGGGCAUGCAGAUUCCUUCAAGUCAAGCUGGAACACCACAAGGUACGCAACAAGGACAAAUUCAUCCACAUCAGUUGCAGCUCCAGCAACAGCCACCACAGCACCUACAGCAGCAGCAGCAGCAACAGCAACAGCCACAGCAACAACAACAAACGCCACCAUCACAACAGCAGCAGCAACACAUGAUGAUGAUGCUCAAGAUGCAACAGGAACAAGCAAAGAAUCGACUUGCGCUUCAACAAGGUGGCCACCCCCCAAGAGGUCUUGUCAAUCCCAGUGAUCCUGCUCAGAGAAUGCCUGUGUCACAACAAGGCAGCAUGCCAGUAAUGAUUAAUCUGCAAGGACAUGGAGGUGUUCCACCCUCUCCAGAUAAAGCCAGAGGGAUGCAGCCCAUGGUGAACUCCCAGUUGGCUGGUACAGCAAGAAGGAUGCCCCACCCAGAUGUUGGACAGGUAAACUCAGGAAUCCCACCAGAGGAAACAUCAGGAGUGCCUAACUUGCAGGACAGGGCAUCAAUUGAAAUGGCACCUCAAACAGGGAAUGGCAAUCAGCAAAAUGUUGGCAGCCAAGGUCCUAAUACACACUUGUUGAAGUCUGGGCCUUCAUCAAUGCCUCAGCAACCAGGAGCGAGUCCCCAGCAGCCGCCUCAACAACUAACACAAAUGGCCAGCUCACAUAAUCUUCACUUUCCCAGUGCUCCUUCAACUUCCCAGAGUUCCCGGCCUAAGACACCAAACCGUGCCAGUCCUAGGCCAUAUCAUCAUCCACUAACUCCAACCAACCGUCCACCCAGCACAGAGCCUUCAGAGAUAAAUCUAUCUCCUGAGAGACUGAAUGCAUCAAUUGCUGGCCUUUUCCCCCCUAAGAUUAACAUCCCUCUGCCACCACGACAGCUCAAUCAAAAUCGAGGUUUUGAUCAGCAGGGUCUAAACCCAACUACUCUGAAAGCAAUUGGUCAGGCUCCACCAAGUCUAACCUCUCUUGCUAACAAUAAUACCUCUAGUGGCAAUAAUAAUGUCCAACAGGGUUUUACAACAGGUGGUAGUACAGCAAAUACAGGUGGAAAGCAAGAAAAACAGCCUGGUGGGGGGCAGACAAAGCGAGCUAGUCCCAGUAAUAGUCGGCGAUCUAGUCCUGCCUCAAAUAGGAAAGCAGCCACUCCAAGCCCUGGAAGGCAGAAGGGCACUAAAAACUCUCUGACCUCUCCACUACAUCAGCAACAAAUGGCAGGCCCCCAAACUGUAAUGGCCAGUUCUUCAGUGCUGUCAAGUCCCACUGUAUCUAUGCCAUCAGCUGGGACUCCAGAUUCUCAACAGAGUCUAAAUCCUCUACAAACUCUCCCUGGUAAUUCUGAUGCAAUGAAGGAUGGCCAGGUGCAGGUACAACAACCAGAGCAGCGUCAAACAGUCCAAGCACCGAGAGAUCCAUCUGCGCUUAGAAUGGCAAAUCCACGGGUGCCACCUCAGGAGCUGAAAAGUCAGGAGUCCAGUAAUGUACUUGACAGACCAUCUGAAGAGAUGCAUCAGCUGCCUAACAUGCCACAACAAGAGCUUGGCUCUGUAAUUUCACCAGCUUUCAGAGAUGCCCCGACAUCCCUCAAUCAGUUAUUGGACAAUACAAGUCUGCCAUCCUUGUCCAUGAAACCACCCAAAAUUGCUCAGCUAGCAGGCGGGGAUCUGGUGCAAAAAGAGAGCCCUCGACUUUCAGGAGAUCAAGAGAGUCAGCGUAAUCCUAGUAACCCACAGAACACUGAUAGUAGUCUUCCUUUGCCUGUGAGUGAACCUGAGCAGAAACCUAAGAUUGGUUCACUGGUCCCAAAUAGCAGUACAAGCCUUCAGUCAUCCUGUGCUGUAUCGAGUAUCAGCCCAAACCCAGCUUUGCUUUCUAGCACCACUACAAAUGCUGGCUCACAUCCCAACCCUUCUGUGAGUCCAAAUCCCAACGCUAAAACUAUUGCAAGUAUGUCACAAACUGUCUUGCAAAGACCCACCUCAUCAGGACCCACUCCUCAAAAUCAGAUAACUGUCUUUGUAACAUCGAAUCCCAUUAGUUCUGCACCCAGCACAGCAUCUGCAGGGACCCCAGCAAUUGUUUCCACUGUCCUUACAGUUCCCAGUAAGAACAUAAGACCCCCAGAUGUGCGUCAGUCAGCUCCCACUCAGAACCGACCUGCACAGUUUAUUACACCUGUGUUCAAUAUAUUCCAAGUCCCCACUGCCUCUGUCUCUGUACCAUCAAGCACCAAUGUGGUGUCUCAGCCUGUCACUAUGGUUCGGCCCAUACAAGUGCCUGCAAAUAUUCAGCUUGCUCCUGCUUCUGUUUCAGCUGCAGCCUCUGCUCCAGCAUCUGCCUCUAUGGCAACGCAUUCCCCUGCUGUAAGCAUAGCCACAAAUCAGCCAGGCCGUACCAUGAUUCAACAAAUUCAAGUGCAAGUGUCCGCAAGUCAUGCUUCCCCUAUCAGUUCACUGCUUCCUCCUCAGCAACCAAGCCCUGGAACUCUCAAGUGUGAGAGUACCUCUGAUGCUCCUACUUCAAAGUCAAGUCCUGUUGGACAACAGUCUCUCAUAACUAGUUCAUCUCCUCGCACAUCCCCAUCUUUUCAGCAACCUCUGGCUUCUCCACCUGCUUGCUCUAGCCCAGGUACUACAUCUGUUCCUCGUAGGAGUCCCCUCUCACCAAUAACUGCUGUUGCCAAGAGCAGUGCACUUCAGCCUGUUUUGAGCAAGACCUCUGUCUCCCAAAGUGGCGACACCCAUCACGUGCAACAGCAGAGUACAACCCAGGCAGGAAAAAACAUAGACAUUGCACCACCUCAAGUGUCUAACCGUGUGAUAACAACUGAAAUGCUUUCCUGCCCACAGCCUUCUCCUACAGUAGUCUCAGUUGCACCAGUAGCAUCUCAGCCAUUAGCACCAGUACCCACAGCUUCUCCCUCUCCUAUGGCAAUUUCCUCUUCUAUCCCUACACUUAACCCUCCUGCAGCCACUCCUAGUCCUACCAUGGUACCUCUGGCCAGUCCUGUUACUAGUUCCCCACCGCCCACUACUGUGCCUGCAGCAGCACUUCCUCCCCCUGCUUCUGUCCCAGGAACCUCUGUUCCUCCCACUGGCCCUUCAGUAGUGUCAUCACCACCACUGCCAGCUGUCGAACAGCAGCCUACUACAGUAACAGAGACAAGCUUGCCUGAUCCAACACAAACUGGGGGGCCUGCUGCAGAUGCUCCAAGUCUCCCAGCUGCUGGACCAGUGGUUCCCAACCUGGUCCCCAGGACCCCCCACGCCUCUGCCCCCUGGUCCUCCAACCAAAAUCACAACACACAGAGAUGGAGGAAAAAUGUGGGCCAUCUGGGGGGGCCUUUAGGACCAGCUCAGCCUGAAGUUGCACAGGAAGAACAGCGUUUGAGUGACCAAGCUGGAGAGGCAGCUCCUUCUGUGACAGAGCAGGGAUGGGCAAAGAAAAGAAAGACGCCCGUCGACUUAGUCCCAAGGGAUACAAGGGCCACCGCUGAAAAGGCAAAAGGCCCCAGCCGACGGAGCUCGCGGGCAGAGAAGGACACUGAGGAGGAAAUGUCUGACAAUGGCCAGAGAAAGAGGGCAUCCAGGCCAGGGUCAGCUUCUUCCAACACAGGAAAAGCUGCAGAAUCAAACACUGGAGCGAGUCCCACCCAGACGAAGCGAAGGAAGUCUAAGUGAUCAUGAAGCUUAACAUAGCUGUGAAUUGUACAUUUCGCUUUUCUUAUUUGACCUGUUUUAUCUGCUGUUUCUCCUGUUAAUCAUGUUGUGCGUGUGAUAACCGUGUACAGACGCUUUUAAAAAGAUAUUAAUUAUGUUUUUGUCCUCUGCUACGUGAAAUACUAUUUAGAACUGUGUGUAUGGUGUGUGUAUGUGUGUGUGUGUGCGUGUGUGUGUGUCAUGUUUUUAUUAUAUGCUGGAUUAAUCAUGAAGACUGAUAAUAGACUUAUCAUGUUGAUUGUAUAAUAAUGUUGCAGAAUUGGAUUAAAUUUUCUACUCCUCUUGUCCCUUUACAUGGAUCAGUAAUUGAGUGUGCACUUCUCAUUUCCCUGUUACUUGAGUAAAUUUUGUUUGUGUAAUCAUUGA